GUGUGAGCUUUGGCGCAGCACUGGACCUGUGCGACUGAGAAGGAGGGUCCAUCCUCCACCUCCCCUUCAGAGAGAGAGAGGAAGGAGGGGAGACAGAGAGAGAGGAGCUGGUGGAUUGGGGUUUCCUCAGGUGUUUGGCUCCAGUCAUGGCCGGGAGUUCAGAGAAAGUACCGAUCGCCUCAGCGGGACCAGAGGACCUGCAUCAGUUCAUGCCACCGGCCUACUCCGCCGUGGCGGUCAAACCUGCCGCCACCGGCCGCCUCCUGAAGGCCGGGAUCGCGGUGCUCAUAGCCGGAGCCCUCCUGCUUCUGCUGGGAGCAGUCGGAGCUUUCUACUUCUGGAACAACAAUGAAAAACAUGUCUACAAUGUCCACUACAGCAUGAGCAUCAAUGGCAAAGUGGAGGAGGGGUCAAUGGAGAUCGACACGGCCAACAACAUGGAGAGGUUCAGCACCGGCAGCGGAGCGGACGAGGCCGUGGAGGUCCACGACUUUGAGAUUGGGAUCACAGGGAUCCGGUUUGCAGGAGGAGAAAAAUGCUACAUCAAGACCCAGGUGAAAGCUCGCCUGCCUGACGUGGAGGCUCUGAACAAGGACGCUUUGACAUUUGACCUGGAGGACGAGGUGAUGCCGGCCAAGUUUGAGGACGAUCUGAUCUGGGUGGCGGCCGACACUCCCCUCUCGGACUCCACCUUCCUCAGCAACAAGAUCAAGGACUUGUGUGAAGAUCUGCCAAUUUUCUGGCUUCGCCCCACCUACUCAACCAGCAGCCAGAGGAAGAGGAGGGCUGCCCCCCGCCAGCGCCGGCAGUCAGCCGGGGUCGACGAGGAGGAGGACGUGGAGGCAGAGUUCAGAGUCAACCCGGAGAACCCCUAUCAGAGAGGCCUCGAGGGCGAGCAGGGCACCAUGGACAUCGACCCCAUGCUGGACCACCAGGGCGUGUGCUGCAACGAGUGCCGUCGCGGCUACACCCACUGCCAGAGGAUCUGCGAGCCCCUGGGCGGCUACCACCCGUGGCCCUACCACUACAGGGGCUGCAGGGUGGCCUGUAGGAUCAUCAUGCCCUGCAAGUGGUGGGUGGCUCGCAUUCUGGGUCUGGUGUAGACACCCCCUAACCUGAGAGAUGGUAAAGUCCAGGGGGGGGGAGGAGGGGAUG